GUCUUCUUUCGGCAACAUAUCCUUGUGUCGGCUCAGUUUGAGAUGUCGUAUUCCCAGCCUCAUUCUCAGUUCCCUCUUCACGGUCGUUAUUUUCAAAACAUCCGUCACCAAGGCUCAGACAGUGCGUCAGUGAACAUCUGUCUAUCACUUCGAUGAGCAUCCCUGCAAUGGAGUCGCAGCAGCAGACCAGAAUGCAUGAUGCACCUGCACAUACUUCAAUUUCAACAGACUACAACGCGUAUGUUAUCAAUGCACUGUCCCGAAUGACUCGGUCGUCUGGAGCAAUGGAUCAACGAGUCUUACGAAAAUGUCUCGGAUUGUCCUCCUCCUACUUACUCACCGACGCGACCAUGAAUCCAAACGGUGGCCUAACAACAUGGUAUGCUGGCCUCAGCCGCAUUGUGGAUGUCAUGUCAGCACUACAUAAACGAGACGAGCUAGAACUGGAGACUGUCAGCGAAGCUAGCAAAGCGUGCUCGGAAUGUUGGGGUGUCGCAGGUGGCUGGCGAGAACUGGAGGCGGGAAUGGAAUGCAUAAAAGAUAUUGCGACGCGAUUGAAGGGUCUUUUAGAUGACAAUGGACGAACGUUCCAUGGGCAGAGAAUAUAUAUACCAUGAUGACGGAUUGGAAAGAACGACUGCUCGCCUGUACUUCCACUUUAUAUUCAACCAGCAUCGGCGAUUGACAGGAUACGUCCGCUUGUUGAGACAGUACUGGUAGAGAUGUUAGCUUGUUGUAGACAGCGAUCGUCGCCUGGCUCUCCGCGUCGUGCACAAC